AUGGCGCGUCGGGCUUCCAGAUCCUCCUCGGCUCUCCAGUGGACCACAAUUUUCUACCUCCUCCUGAUCUUCGUCUGUCCCUUAGCAUUCAUCGGCACAGUUCAUGCUCAAGAUCAAGCACCUUUAAACGAUUCAGAUGCCAACUAUGGCAAGGUCAUCGGUAUCGACCUGGGGACCACUUACUCCUGCGUCGGUGUGAUGCAGAAUGGAAAAGUCGAAAUCAUUGUCAACGAUCAAGGAAAUCGAAUUACUCCGUCUUACGUGGCCUUUACCGACGAGGAGCGGUUAGUGGGUGAUGCGGCAAAGAAUCAGUACGCUUCGAAUCCGUCCAGAACCAUAUUUGACAUCAAGCGUUUAAUCGGUCGCAAAUACUCCGACAAAGAAGUCCAGCGAGAUGCAAAGCACUUUCCCUUCAAAGUCGUCAAUAAAGAUGACAAGCCCGUAGUUAAUGUCGAGGUCUCGGGCUCCCCCAAGACCUUCACUCCCGAAGAAAUUUCGGCCAUGGUUUUGGGCAAGAUGAAGGAGGUCGCAGAGGCAUACCUGGGCGAGAAAGUCACCCACGCAGUGGUCACGGUUCCGGCAUACUUCAACGACAACCAGAGACAGGCGACCAAAGACGCUGGUACCAUUGCUGGUUUGACUGUUCUCCGAGUGGUCAAUGAACCCACUGCCGCCGCAAUCGCCUACGGUUUGGACAAGAAGGGAAAAGAGAGCCAGAUCAUCGUCUACGAUCUUGGUGGUGGUACAUUCGAUGUCUCACUCCUCUCGAUUGAAGAUGGUGUUUUCGAGGUCUUGGCGACCGCUGGUGAUACUCAUCUGGGUGGGGAGGAUUUUGAUCAGCGCGUCAUUGACCACUUCGUCCAGCUUUACAACAAGAAGAACAACGUGGACAUUCGAAAAGACCUCAAGACCAUGGGCAAGCUCAAGCGAGAAGUCGAGCGAGCUAAGCGAACCCUCUCCUCGCAAAUGUCCACCCGGAUCGAAAUCGAAGCCUUCCAUGAAGGAAAAGACUUUUCGGAAACUUUGACUCGGGCCAAAUUCGAGGAACUCAACAUGGACCUGUUCAAGAAGACCCUCAAACCGGUUGAGCAAGUAUUGAAAGAUGCCAAGGUCAAGAAGGGCGAUAUCGACGAUAUUGUUCUCAUUGGUGGUUCCACUCGUAUCCCGAAGAUUCAAUCCAUGAUCGAAGAGUACUUUGGCAAGAAGGCUAGCAAGAAUAUCAAUCCCGACGAAGCUGUCGCCUAUGGCGCCGCCGUUCAAGGUGGUGUGCUGUCUGGGCAGGCGGGCACGGAGGACAUUGUCCUGAUGGACGUCAACCCUCUCACUCUCGGAAUUGAGACCACCGGAGGCGUCAUGACCAAACUGAUUCCCAGAAACACGGUCGUCCCCACAAAGAAGUCUCAGAUCUUCUCGACCGCGGCGGACAAUCAACCCGUCGUCUUGAUCCAAGUUUUUGAAGGUGAACGACCCCUGACCAAGGACAACAACCUACUCGGUAAAUUCGAACUGACGGGCAUUCCUCCCGCUCCUCGCGGUGUUCCGCAAAUCGAGGUUUCUUUCGAACUCGACGCCAACGGCAUUCUGAAGGUCUCGGCCGGUGACAAGGGAACUGGAAAGUCCGAAUCGAUCACCAUUACCAACGAUAAAGGUCGGCUGUCGCCGGACGAGAUCGAACGGAUGGUUGCGGAAGCCGAACAAUACGCCGAAGAAGACAAAUUGAUCAAAGAAAAGAUUGAAGCUAGAAAUAAAUUGGAGUCAUAUGCCGCCAACCUCAAGAACCAGGUAAACGAUGAAGAUGGCCUCGGUUCCAAGAUCGACGAAGAUGAAAAGGAGACGCUCUUGGAAGCCAUCAAAGAAGCACAGGAUUGGCUGAGCGACAACGCCAACACCGCGGAGAAGGAUGACUUUGAGGAACAAUUCGACAAGCUGUCCAACGUUGCCUAUCCGAUCUCCAGCAAACUGUACAGUGGUGGUGCAGGAGGAAUGCCAGACUACGGAGAUGAUGAUGACGAACCAUUAGGCCAUGAUGAGCUGUGA